CCGAUUUUUUCACAGUCAAUCUACCGAUUUAUCCUAAAUGGUUCUGGCCACCCUGGUCGGUACGCCGUCGCCAUUUUGUUGAAAAAAAACGAGUGAAAGCGGUGGAAGCGUGUUCGAAUGCUGUGCAUUUUUCUUUAGUGCCUAAUUUGUAAAUUCUUUUUUCAUCAAUUUGUAAUUUAACAUCAAUUUAGUAGUUUAGUUAUAUUGUUUAAGUGAUGUUUUAAGCUAAAAUAUAUAUAUUUUAAACUAAGUAUAAGAGUAUAAGCUGAUUUUGAUAAGGUCAUACGAUGACCCCCCCAACGAAGGAGGCGUUAGAGAGAAUGCGCCGGGCCAAACUUAUUUUUUUACGAAAAAAGCAGGCGCUAAAUCAGACAUGCCAUCUCGACUCGAUCGGAACAGCGGGGCGGGAAGAAAGCACAUAUUAAACCCCUGAUGUUGAUAACUCUUCGUCAUAUAAUCAUAACAAUGUCCAAUGAUACAAGUGAUAUACAAACACAUCUGCUAUCAAUAAAUGUAGACAUUACCUAGCAUAUUAAAACCUCAACUCAAAAGUAUGAUAAAAGGUGCAAUAAAAUAGUAUGCGUGAAUUGAUGCAAACUGAAGUGCAUCUGCAGCUAAAUAUGUUUCGUUUGUGAAAAACGGUCGCUUCGACGCCUCAUCCAGCGUUGGAAAACUUUGCGCAAAAUCCAUAAAAUGCCACCGAAAAGGACGAAGGAGCUUCCUACAAAGCGGGAGAAUAGAUCCCGUGGAAGCCAAAAACAUGAUAUAAACAAAAUGACGGCAUACGAACUGAAUUCUUCCGAUUUGCGUUAUUUGCUACGAACAGCAUUAGAGCGAGAAGGAGACAAAUUCGACCCAAGUGGAUAUGCAUACGUCACGGUGGGUGAGGGGUCAAAUCCUGCAGCGCUAGAGUCUCAAAAUCCCCUUGCAUCCGAACAUCCACCAUUCGACGAUAGGAAGAGUGCAGAAAAAGAAAAACAAGCAGCACAUGGAGCAGGUACAUCUGGACUAAGAGGAUCUCAGAAAGGAAAAGAUUUUCUUCAGUCGUCACUGCGCAAUCAUGACGAAUGGAUUGAAAACACGUAUGCGACCGGUGAAUCGAUUCCUAAAAAAGAGGGAGGAACCAGCACAUUUCUCGAUGAUCUUUCGCAACAUAUUUCCAUUCCUAUUGAGGACGAAUCUGUUCCAUGCAAACGCCUGAAGAGUAAGAAGGAGACCAUACAAGAAGUGCCAAUAACACCGAAUCAAGAUCCGUUAAAAUUGGUGGCCCAGCAGCUUGGCGUCGAUGAGUUACGUGCAAUGUUGCAAGCUGCCCUGUAGCAUCAAGAGAAAGUUUCAAAAUCUGCGGAAAGACAUACCCCUCCUUUCCCCAUCGAAGCUGGUCAUACACGAUCCUUGGAAAUAGUGCACCAGAUGGACAAGGAGAACGGCAGUGUCAUUGAACGAGAAACAGCUGACGCUUCGACAUCGAAACCCAAUCCAGUCAUUGAUGAGUUCGGCGAACCGAACGCCGUAAUCUUCAACAUUGAAGAAGAGCACCUUGAAGAUGACAAUUCGCAAAAUAUCGCGGACGACCAUGCUGAACAUUCUGGUCAAAUCAACACUCCGCCGGGGAGUUCAGCCGAUCGAUCUCCUUUGUCCGUGAGAAAGAUAUCUUCUGUCGGUGCUGCGUCGAAUGUACUGAAUAAGUCAUUAAACCGAUGGAUCGGGUGAUGUGCGUAGUUCGAGUUUCAGGGGCAUUCUCGAGUCCCUUCGAAACCCGCAGAGGGUUACGGCAAGUGUGCAUCGCUUUGGAAAGGGUAAUACGAAGAGCAGGGAUUAACACGAGUGGUACAAUUUUCAAUAAGUCCGUCCAGCUAUUUGGCUUCGCCGACGACAUAGAUAUUAUGGAACGUAACUUUGAGAAGAUGGAGGAAGCCUACAUCAGACUGAAGAGGGAAGCUAAGCGGAUCGGACUAGUCAUAAACACGUCGAAGACGAAGUACAUGAUAGGAAGAGGUUCAAGAGAAGACAAUGUGAGCCACCCACCGCGAGUUUGCAUCGGUGGUGACGAAAUCGAGGUGGUAGAAGAAUUCGUGUACUUGGGUUCACUGGUGACUGCCGAAAAUGACACCAGCAGAGAAAUUCGGAGACGCAUAGUGGCUGGAAAUCGUACGUACUUUGGACUCCGCAAGACGCUCCGAUCGAAUAGAGUUCGCCGCCGUACCAAACUGACAAUCUACAAAACGCUCAUUAGACCGGUAGUCCUCUACGGACACGAGACCUGGACGAUGCUCGUGGAGGACCAACGCGCACUCGGAGUUUUCGAAAGGAAAGUGCUGCGUACCAUCUAUGGUGGGGUGCAGAUGGCGGACGGUACGUGGAGGAGGCGAAUGAACCACGAGUUGCAUCAGCUGUUGGGAGAACCAUCCAUCGUUCACACCGCGAAAAUCGGACGACUGCGGUGGGCCGGGCACGUAGCCAGAAUGUCGGACAGUAACCCGGUGAAAAUGGUUCUCGACAACGAUCCGACGGGCACAAGAAGGCGAGGUGCGCAGCGGGCAAGGUGGAUCGAUCAGGUGGAAGAUGACUUGCGGACCCUCCGUAGACUGACGUGUAGCCAUUGACCGAGCCGAAUGGAGAAGACUCUUAUAUACCGCACAGGCCACUUCGGCCUUAGUCUGAAUAAAUAAUAAUAAUAAUAAUAAGUCAUUAAACAUCGAUUAUCCGUCUGCAGCGAGUGUUGAGGAUGACAAUUCUUGGAAAGUGAAAUACAAAAAACUGGAAGGAAAUUAUAAAGAGCUAUCAGAUAAACAUAAAAAAAGUAAGCAAAAAAUAGCAAAACUUGAGCAAGAUAAGCUCACAUCGGAUGACUACGCUUUGCAAAUUGGAAAGAAGCUUAUGUUCAUCAAGGACAAGCAGAAGAUUCCCCAGGCACAAUUUACCGAAGAAAACGGACACCGACAGCUUCUUUGUGGCUCUGCUGGUAACAAGACUGGUUGGUUCAGAAAAGCUCAUAAAAAUGAGUGCUACGGGUCAAGCAAGCCACCGAUUCUCCAGACUCAAAAAUAUGGACGGUACCCCAAUGUAUCCCGUACAAGAGCGCAUUGAUCCUAAACUCUUUAAGUUCAUCUGCACUAAGUAGUUUCAAUUAUUGCUUAUCGUGCUUAUACGAAUAUGAAUCUAUGCAAAUCUUUAAGCGAUAUUUUUAACAACUUUGCUUUUUUUUAAUAUCGAUCAUUACUUUUUAUCACUUGAAGUCAAAAAAGCUGCCGAAUUGCGCAGAGCUAGGAGUGACCAUGGCCAACAAGAAGCGGCAAAUAUUCGGAUAUAAGGUACAAUUAUUUACUUCUACUUCUUGAAUUUUAAUAACUGGCGUCUUGUUUUUGAGCCGAUGAGUUUUCUUUUUUACAUGAGUUUAUAUGUAAAUGAACUUCGUACGAAAAUUUAAUCUAUCUUCUCUGAAGAGCGAAAAAAAUCGUUCAUUUUUUUUGUAAUGAGGAUAUUGAAAUAAAAAUAAAUAUGAAACUGAAACAUAGUGUUAUUUAUCCAAUGAUCGACAUAAGUCUUCUUCUUCUUCUUCUUCUUAUUGGCAUUACAUCCCCACACUGGGACAGAGCCGCCUCACAGCUUAGUGUUCAUUAAGCACUUCCACAGUUAUUAACUGCGAGGUUUCUAAGCCAAGUUACCAUUUUUGCAUU